UCCAAUCUUUUAAGUUAGUUGAAAAUGAACUGAGAGCAAAAUGAAAGAUUCAGACGAUGCACUACUCGACUUACUAUUAUCUGAUCCUGGUUCAAACGAAAAUUCUGGUUUUUCCACUGAACCAAAUCCAUCAAAGCAAACAAGUUCCUUUCCCCAUAAAGUUUCAACUCAAUUUAUUACAUCUCCUUCUGGUAGUGAUUUACUCAAACCAUUAUCUCCAUCCAUUUACCUUACCCCUUCGUUUACUAAUACAUCUGAUGAACAUUUAGAAGAUAUUUUGUCGCAAGACUUCGAAAAAGGAAACGGAACAAAGACAAAAUCAGCAUUUACAAAUACAUUUGUCUGUGACAGCAACAACAACAACUUGUUGUGCAAACAUGAAUCCGACAGUUUGUUUCCAUGGUCGUUUCAAGCAACAACAGAACAUCACGGUUCCAUUCAUAAAAAUGAGAACGAAUGGUCUGGCACUUCACCAACACCUGUCACAGAUGCAUCAGUUACACAAUCCAAUGCUGGAGUUGGAACAUCUUGUUUAAAUUGGAAUGAAGGAAUGCCAUUGUCUUUACCUGCAAUUCCUCGCAACAGUAGUUUAGCAAAUGCAUUAAAAGAUUUCGAUAAAACUUAUCAAAAAGUUAAACUUAAAAAUGAAAUGAGUGACAAAAAAAGAGAUUCACAAAGCUUAAACGAUGCAUUUGUAGCUUAUAAUAUUGAUAACGAUAGCAGUAACUUUGCACCUUCAUAUUCAAGAUCCUCAUUCAGGGCUCUUCUUAGCGAUCCGGAAGAUUCUUUGGAUGCUCCUCUUUCUUUUACUGCGAACAACCAUUUUGAUCACAGGAUUGACAAUGGUCCUAAUUGUUGCAUCAACACUUACUCAACUUCAACACAUACAAAUGUUUCAAGCAUUGCAAAAUCAAUAACAACAUCAACUUCAGUUAUCACAGUUGAAGAAAAACCAUCCACUGCGCUUGUAAAUAACUUUGAUGACAGUUUAUUUAAAAUGGGGAACCAGGUUGAUGGAAGUAACUUCACCAUAUCUACCACAAGCCAAUGCAUUAAUGAGCAAUCUGUUGGCUUUUCAACAAUGAAUACGGUUGAUCUUAAACCAAAGGUCUGUGCUUCAUGUAAAAGUUUGGUGGAUGUUAACUAUUUUAAUGGAUCAGAGUUACAACUUUGUUUAACUUGUGCAUCUUCUUUGAAAAUGUCAACUGAGACUGUACAAAAUGAAUGCACUGUUCCAGUAAGUAGAUCCUCCCAAACAAAUGAACAAUCUUCAAUUGCACACCUUGUUGCACUGAACACACCUUCAUCAUUAUCAACAACGCCUCUAUUUAUUUUCGUACAAGGUAAACUUAUCCCAAUCACAAUUGCACAGAUGCCUACAAACAGUUGCAACCAACUAGGAAGUUCAUCCACUUCUAUUCCCAGCAACACCUCCCAUGAUAAACCAUCAUCUGGUGCUUCAACCUCAUGUUUAAUGACAAACAACGAUGCACAAAACAAAACUGAUCAAAACUUUAAAAGAAAUGAAGAUAUCUCCCAAAAAAACUUGGUUAAAAUUGCCCCACUGCCAGUUAUUAAAGCUCAACCAGGAAGUUGUGUUAUGAUUGCUGGUAUUGCUUCAGGCAGUCACUUUGUAAAUCAAGGUGGUUUACCCAUGGAUUACAAUUUGCAGAAGCAAGUGAAAACAACAAAACCAAAUGAAGAUGCACUGCGGAUACAUGUAUGUACUUAUCCUGGAUGUACCAAGAAAUACACUAAAAGUUCACAUUUGAAAGCGCAUGUGAGGAGACAUACAGGUGAGAAGCCUUACGUGUGUAAAUGGCCAUCUUGUGGUUGGAAAUUCUCAAGAUCAGAUGAGUUGGCACGACAUAAACGUUCUCAUGAAGGAAUAAAACCUUAUCCCUGCCCAGUGUGCAAUAAAAGAUUUUCACGAUCCGACCAUUUAGCCAAACAUGUUAAAAUUCACAAAAACAAACAAAAAGUUCCAACUUUGAAUUCAAGUGAAGUUUCAAAUCGACCGACUUCAGUUACAACAGUCGCAAGUAUUUCAACUUUAUAACACGUGCAAUCAACACUCAUCCACCACUAUGUAGAAAUGACUGUUCUUUUCAAAUUCUUUGUAUUUUUUACUGUCCAGUCAUUUUAAGUAACUUUCAUUUUAGUCUUUUCUCUUUACAUUUAAGAACAAAUGAAUGGACUGUAAACAUUGUUUAUACAGUUGUUUUAGAGUGGCAGAAAGUUUUCAUGCAACUUUUACCCAGUGGUGCUAUGUGAGCGUUUUUAAUCGUGUUUAUGAUAAAAAUGGUUCCAAACAAAAUAUUCAUUUUUGUUUUAAAGUUUCAUGGUACAAUCUAUAUAUGUGACCGUGGCACUUGUCAUUGCCUUAUUGUUUUUAUUCAACCAGCACUGUGCUAUGUAGGACUUCUAUUUGUAGCUGUGAUAUAAGGUCGUAAUAAAU